CAAUCUCAACCAGUCAUCAGCGCUCCCUGAAUCACAAGUCGGAGACGUGUCCGUUUAACCGCUGGAUAUUGAUUUAGUGGUAGUUAUCAAUUUUUAACUGCGUUGUUAACUCCAGGCAGGUAGCCUGUGCAAGACAGCGCCCCUAACGGCGAGUUUCCACUAGUCGUCUGCUCCACCACCUGUCACCUGCGAGCGGGAACGAGAGAAGCGAGGACGGGACAGCUGGAUUCUACAGGAAGUGGUACUCGUCGGCUGAACACUCGCAAUGUGAACGUGACGAAUGGAGGGAGCAUAUGGUAUUCGGUGUCUUUCAAGGGAAAUGGAUAUAUAUUACGGAGAAUAUAUGAAUCCAAAUGGUCGCGUUUUUAAGAAGUUAACUUAAUGGUAUAGCCAUACAUCAUUAUUUACUAGGCGGUGUGUGAUGCUCGUGAGUGAUCGUCUGAAGAAGCUCCACAGACAAUCCGGAAACUCCGACGGGACAGAAGGACCUACCCGGACCACACGCAAUGGCUGCAGCCACCCCUGAAUCAUCCACCCUCAUCAACACCCUCGUCGUAACGGGACUGCUAGUUCUUUUGGCUGGCACUAAUGUCGUAACAUCGCAGACAUAUACAGUCCUGACCAUAGGUGCUAUAGACGCUCACAAUGAGUCUCAACCACUGAGUUACCGAGGUGUGCAAACUAUCGGUUACAACGCUACCUGGGGAAGCGAACUGGAGGUCAAGGUCAUGUGGUCAAUUGCAAGGCUCAGCGAAAGGUUUUCACUAUUCAAACAAGUCCACGACUUCAUUAACACCUCCGUAGACUUCCUGGUGCUCAACGACGUCUUCUACGGCAGUCUGGAGGAGAAACACCACUUCAUGCUUGAGGACACACAGGUCGUUCACUACCAAGGCCAACUGAGCCCCUUCGUCUCCCCCCAAUCUACCGAUGUGAAUUUGGAACCAGAUCCGUGGCGUAUAUGUGGUGCCUACUCGUUUCUCAAAGACGGUAUAUCGCCAGAGAGUAGUCAGUGCAAUGAGAAUAACGAUGUCCAUCACGAUGACCAGCCCAUAGUGCCGGACGUGGUGGGCGUGAUGUUCGCAGUGCUGGACUACCUUCACUGGAAAUCUCUCGUCAUAUUGUACGAAGAUGAAACAGCUCAUGAUGCGAUGGAGGUGUCGGGGAUGCUGUCGUCGGACAACGUCACCUACCAGGAGUAUAGCGUCCAGCAUUAUGAGUCUACCGUGGGCCUGCAUGAAAUGCUCAACGUCAUCUACAACAAAACCAUGACCAGCAGCAACAACGUUAUCAACAUCGUCCUGCUGUGUUCAGAGGUCUGCGUCAAUAAAGUCAUCAAUAAGGCGAACGCCUUUGACGAGGUCAACGGAAAGAAGACGGCCAUGAAACUGGUGUCCAAGUGGCUAGUGGUCCUCCCCAGUCCCAACAACGCCUACGUCGACAAGUGCGGCAUGGACAUGGACAACAUCGCCGUCAUCACAUACCCGCCCAGCACCACCGUCACAAACAUGAAAGAUGGGCUGCCACAGACGUUGGAGAAGGUUCUCCGUUUAGUCGGCUCCAACAACGACACAAAUAACAUCACGGCGUUCGACGUCAGACAGAAUGCAAGCGUCAUGCUGAUGGAGUUGCUGGAAUCCCAAGCUCAUUGCUGGCGUAGUGAUAUCUCCACGUUACUAUGGAAGCCCGGCGGGGUCAGACGUCUCAGUUCCGUAGGCUAUGUGAACAGGACGGGACACCUGAACAUGUUCAGCGCCGUGGAGAUCUUUCCAAACACCAACUUUGGCUUCAACAAUAGGUUAUUCAACGUUUCAACGAACGUGUGGGAACCGUUUGUGAUCAAGACCGUCAACAAAACGGAGCCGUUUGAGGGCUUCUGUAUGGACCUGUUGAAAGAGUUGGCUUCGUCUCUCAACUUCAGUUACAACCUCACAAUGCCGGAGGACAAGGGUUGGGGAGCCCUCGUGAAUGGCAGCUUCAACGGACUCAUCGGACAACUGGAGCGAGAGGAAGUAGACAUGGUGGUGGCACCAAUAUCCAUCGAGCCAGACAGGGAAAAAGUUGUGGAUUUUAUUUUCCCCUAUUAUUACGAGUACACAACGAUCCUCAUCAAGAAGCCAGACCCCAACAGGACUAAAUGGCGGACGUUAAUCGACCCCUUCAAGUGGCAAGUUCUAAUGUGCAUCUUCAUAUCACUGUUGGGCGUCACGACAUUCUACUUCCUAGUAGAACGCUGGAAUCCGUACUAUGAGGGCAAGAGAAAAGAGAAGUCAAUGUUUGGGGAUGCGUUCUGGUACAUGUACGGAGCGCUGCUUACCCAGGGAGGCGAGCACCUGCCGGACUCGCAGGCCGGACGAACAGUGGUCAGUUGCUGGUGGCUGUUCUCCAUCGUCAUGGCCGCAACCUACAGUGGCAACCUCAUCGCCUUCCUCACCGUCAACAAAGACAAACUGCCGUUCGAAACCGUCAGCGAACUCGUCCAGCAGACCGACUACAUCUGGGGUACAGCGGGCGGCGGUACCUACUGGGAGACGAUGUUUGAGAAAACCAACACAUCUGAAUACAUCCAAGCCUGGGAGGGGAUCAAACGUUUCAACGCUACUGACCCCUCUGUCCUGAGCGCCGACCCCAAUGACCAUUACAACAAGGUGAAGGGAGGGUCCUAUGGCUACAUCGCGGACAGAUCAAUGAUGGAGAGGUGGAUGGCAGCAUCCUGCGACCUCCAGAUGAUCAAGGAGAACUUCUUCCCUCUUCAGUACGCCAUAGCAUUGCCAAACAAUUCCGCUUAUGUCAGCAUCUUCUCGGAGGAGAUGAUGCGCAUCUACGAGAGUGGACUGCUCCAGAUCUGGAAGAAGAGAUGGUGGUCCAAGAACAGCUUCUGCAAAGGUUCUCUCACAACGGAAGCCAAACCUAUAAUCUUGAUUGACGUCCAAAGUGCGUUCUAUCUGAUCGGUAUUGGCGUGGUGAUAGCGGCCAUAGCGCUGGCUUGUGAAUGGUUGUCCAAGUACGUCAAAUGCCGGAAAUCCAAACCCGCACACAUGGCCAACUGUAACGGACACCACAAAGGCCACCUACCUAAGUUCGUCAAUGGAAUAAAGUGAGAAGAAUCUAGCACAC